AUGUUUAAGGAUCCAACAAAACGUACCAAACUUGCUGAGAUCCUGCGAAAGGAGGGCACCUUUGGGGCGAUGGAAAUGAGGGUCCGAGAGAUCACUAAGAAGGUAGAGAGCGAGAGGUUGGCAGGUGGCUGGCACAAUGAGAUCAGUUUGGCUCAAGCACCUCUGUUCUGGGAUGAGGAGAUGAUUGCCAACAGCAAGCUUUGGGCACAAGCUCGCAAUCUGGUUCGCCGGAACGAAGUGCACGGGAAAGAAGAAUGGCGGAUUCCAACAAGUGAAACUUUUUCUUUUGACGCGACCCACUCUCAUGAGAUUCAAGGAAGUGGGAGCUUCGAAGUUGAAGAUCCAGAUGGGGCUUUGCUAAAUGACUCGAUUUCCGCAGAUGGAAUCACCUUGCGGGGAGGCAGACAGGCAUCAGCUGCGGCUAGCCUUGCUGCCCAUAGUGCUUCCUCCGCCAAAGUUCCAGCUUUGCCUUUGGUCCAGCAACAUGCAGACCCUUUCAGCUACCUGGUGCAGUUCGUGGAGUGCAUGUACAAGAAAUUGGACAAGCUAGACGAACAAAAGGCUGGGCACGGACAACUUCAGAGUUCCAAAAGAUCAGCUUUGUUUCAUCAACAAAGUUCCAGAAGACCAGAGUACAAGUUUGUUUAG